AUGAGCAUUUAUGUCCAGUUCUAUGUUGUAUAAUUAUAAUUGUCAGUGUAUUGUUCUAAAUCGUGUGCAUAUUAAUUCCUAUUUUAUUAAUUUUGCUAUGUUGUGUUAAUAAUUAAAUUUUUUGCUCUCCAUAUUAAAUUUAAUGGUUUGCUUAAGUUUUAAAAUAAUGCUAUGAACUUAUUAAAUCUAUAAAAUCGCAUACAAUGA